CUGUUACUCUUAAUUAGAGUGUUUUCAUGAUUUUUUGUUUUGAAAAUUCCCCAUUUGAAUAUUCUGUUAUCAAUAACAAUACCCAAUUCAUUAGCUCAUUUUGUUCCCAUUGAUUUCGAUCUAUAUCUUUCAAAAUUUGGGUCUUGCAUAAUUUUAGUAAAUACUGCAGAUCAAUAUGCUAAUUUGGAGUUCUUUUUGUUCGAAAUUCUGAAGCUUUUCUUCAAUGGUGAUUUUUAGAGCACUUUCUUAUAAGUCGUUGCAGCUUUGAAGUGCUUGGAAAUAAAUCUUGGAUAUCAAAAUGGGUGAGAAGGGUGGUACCGCAAAGGAGAAGAGAGUAGUCUUUGUAACAGUUGGGACAACUUGUUUUGAUGCUCUAGUCAAAGCUGUGGACACUCCAGAAGUUAAGAAUGAAUUGUUCAUGAAAGGAUACACGAAUAUUAUUAUUCAAAUGGGUCGUGGAUCAUACAUCCCCACUAAGUCGACGGUUGAAAAUGGUUCUGCAGAUCUGGAGUACUUCACAUUUUCGUCAAGUAUAGCUGACCACUUGAAGGAAGCAUCACUUGUUAUCAGUCAUGCAGGUUCAGGGAGCAUAUUUGAGACAUUGCGGCUGGGCAAACCAUUGAUAGUUGUAGUCAAUGAGGACCUUAUGGACAAUCAUCAAAGUGAACUAGCGGAGGAACUGGCUGAUAGAAAACAUUUGCUCUGUGCCCGUCCCCAAACACUAUACCAGACUAUUGCGGAUAUGGAUACAACAUCUCUCGUCCCAUACCAACCAGGUGAUGCAGAACCAGUUGCUAAACUUAUCAACAGAUAUCUUGGGUUCCCUGAUGAUUAGUUGGCACGCGUCAAAUGAAAAUAUGCAGGAUUGACUUGUAUUUGUCAUGAACUCAAUUGAAGUGUAAUUUUAUGUGAUUAUGGCCUCAUAUUUUCUGUUCAAUUGAUCUGUUUGUGAUAACUUUUGUGUGACUGCAAAAGUGUCUCGUAAGUCAUAAGAGAAUUUCAAAAUGAUGCUAAUGUCAUGGAGAGUAAAUUCGUGUUAUCAAAAGACAGCUAGCCUUGAAUUAUCCUCAAGGACUUGAAUGAGUUUGUGAAAGUUUUAUGCAGAACUUGGAGAUCUUAAAUUUGGAAAGUA